CCUACUCUACCGCCCGCUACCUAGUCCCAACAACUCCCCUCCUCGUCCCACUGGCACUCCAGUCCUCCGUUCUCCCUUUACAAUCUCAGGAGCCGGCGGCGGCAAUGGCGAGCACUGCUAAAACCGAUCCAGAGGAGCACAACAGAGAGGAAGAGAACGCACCUUCCGCUGAAGACGAGGACACCGGGGCUGAGGUCGCUCCCAUCGUCAAACUCGAAGAGGUGGCCAUCACUACUGGCGAAGAAGACGAAGAUCCGAUCCUCGAUCUGUAUGGAAUUGUUGAUUCUUUCCACUUAUUUUUCCUCCGAUUGUGUUUGAUUUCGCGUUUUGGUUAUCGUUCUUCGAAGUUUUUGUGUUACAGAAAAUCGAAAUUGUAUCGAUUUGACAAGGACGGGAAUCAGUGGAAGGAGAGAGGAGUUGGUACCGUGAAGCUUUUGAAACACAAGGUGACUGGCAAGGUUCGUCUUGUCAUGCGCCAAUCCAAGACACUCAAGAUCUGCGCUAACCAUUUUGUUCUUCCUACGAUGUCUGUGCAAGAACAUGCAGGAAAUGAUAAAUCUUGCGUGUGGCAUGCCACUGAUUUUGCAGAUGGAGAGUUGAAAGAUGAGCUUUUUGCGAUUAGAUUUCCUUCAGUUGACAAUUGCAAGACUUUCAAGGAAAUUGUUCAAGAGGUUGCCGAAAGCCAGGGAAAGAAUGAGGAAAACAAAGAUGCCACUGCUGCUGCUGCUGACCUCCUUGAGAAGAAGUUGAGUGUCAGUGAGAGUAAAACUGAUGUGAAAGAACAGGAAGAGGCUAAAGAUAAGAAAGAAUCUGCAGAAGAGAAAACAGAAGCAGAGGCCGAGAAGAAAGAAGAGUCUGCUUCAUCAGCAUAAACUUGAGGGGAGUAUUUUUUCUGGACUGUCCUUUUUCGUUUAUAUUGGGUUGCAAGUGGCUGGUGGAUGACGCUUUCCCCCAUAAGUCAAAAUCAUACAUGUUGCUCAAUUGAAUUCUACUGGAUCCUAUCUGGAUAAAAUAGCUUGUUUGUUGGUUGGAUUGGACUGGAUUUUGUAAUGGACACAAUUAAUCAGUUAUGGAUGUCAAGGUCAUUUGGUUUGGGAAAUGGUUACCGAGCUUCAUUUUCCAUUUAUCAAAGUGUCUGUUUCAUGAAAUUGUUUGUAGUGAAUUGGUUAUUAUUAGUUCUUGGCCAAUACAUACCAUGAAUUGUU